AUGCCACCAAAGCGCCGAAGUGUAGCUUCAUCGUCCACACCUGGCCGGGCCCAAGCAAAAAAAGCGCGAAUCUCUAAGCUUGCUAAAGAGAAUGAUAUCACCACAGAGGAGGAGGCCGAGAUAAAAGAAGCAUUUCGUCUUUUUGCUAUAAGAGAACUUGCUGAGGAUCUUGAAGAGUUCUCCUCAGAAAAGGAAGGCGUGAUUAGGACGGCCGAUGUGCGCCGGGCGCUGGUGGCGCUUGGUUUACCAACUACCUCCCAAUCCGAGCUUAAUUCCAUACUUUCUGCUGUCGACCCUUCACGUACCGGCUACGUUUGCUACGAACCCUUCCUCUCAGUCUGUGCGCUCAAACUACACUCGCGUACCGACGAUUCUAUAUCAGAGGAAGUAAGUCAUGCGUAUCAGCUUUUUACACAUGGCACAGACGGGCCUAUCUUGUUAUCACACUUGAGACGUGUUGCGAAAGAGCUCAAAGAGGAUGUCAGUGAGGAGUUGCUGCGCGAUAUGGUUAGGGAAGCAAAUGGCGGAGAAGGAUUACAUGCAGGUGUUAAUCUUGAACAGUUCAGAGAUGUCAUGAGACGUGCAGGGGUAUUUUAG